UCUGGAGGAGGUGGUGUCUGGCUACAGGAAACAGAUGCAGGAGCUGCAGGCCCAGAUCAACCAGAUGACCCCCAACAUGAGGGCUGUGGAGAGAUUCGGCGACGUGAGCGACCGCCUCAAGGCCUCGGGGCAAACGUUCGAGCAGUCCAAGCAGAACGCGGCGGGCGCAGUGCUCAAGUUCAACGAGGUCAAACAGCUGAGGUACGACACCUUCAUGCAGGCGUACAACCUCGUGUCCGAUAAUCUCAACACCAUCUACAAGGACCUCACCCGCAGCAGCAAGCAUCCCCUAGGAGGAAACGCCUUCCUGAGCCUCGACAACCCGGAGGAGCCGUACCUUGGAGGAGUCAAGUUCAACGCCAUGCCCCCAAUGAAGCGCUUCCGCGAUAUGGAGCAGCUGUCGGGCGGGGAGAAGACGGUGGCAGCGCUCGGCCUUCUCUUCGCGAUACACAGCUUCCGUCCGGCACCGUUUUUCGUCAUGGACGAGAUUGACGCUGCCCUAGACAACAUCAAUGUGAAGAAGGUGUGCAACUACAUCCAGGGGAGGAGCGGUGACUUCCAAUCCAUCGUCAUCUCCCUCAAGCGCGUCGCUUCCAACGGGGACUAG